GGGCCCCGCCGCCCGCCCGCGACCCUGCCCGCCCCCGCCCGGCCCCCGGCCCGCUCAAUGCCCACGGUGUUCUGUCGGAGGCUCCUGGGCACAUUUAUGGCGAUUCUGAGCGUCAGGGCAGACUUCUGCCAGGCGCAGCACCGCAGCCUGGCUGCCAAGUGAGCUCCGUGCCGAGCGUGCCCGUUCCCGUCCUGCCCUCGGGGCCCCGGCAGGCAGCGCCCGGCCGGGAUUUAUGGGACUGCUGCUGGCCCGGAGCCCCGCUGUCCCUGCCUCCGGCCCAGCCCUGCCUCACCGCACCAGUGCCUCCAUGUAGGACAGGCUGCCCCGCCUGGCACUUCCGCGAGUCUCAAGGAAACCACCCCGCCAGCAUUGAGGAUUUGGAAGCAAAGCUGCUUCUUCUAGGAGCAAAAUCCCCGAGGAACAAACCCGUCAAAGCAAGCUCUGAUCAAUCCCAGCCAUAUUAGUGGUCUUUUUGAUGUUUUCUGCUGUGAAACGUUUCCAAGCCCCCGUGGAAAUUACUUAUGAGAAUCUGCGUUUCCUGAUCACUCACAACCCAACCAAUGCAACCCUCAGCAAGUUCAUCGAGGAGCUGAAGAAGUAUGGGGUGACAACCUUGGUGCGAGUUUGUGAUGCCACUUAUGACCAAGCUCCAAUCGAGAAAGAAGGAAUCCAAGUUCUAGACUGGCCCUUCGAUGACGGAGCUCCGCCCCCGGGGCAGAUCGUGGAGGACUGGCUGAACCUGCUGAGAGCCAAGUUCCGCGAGGAGCCCGGCUGCUGCGUGGCUGUGCACUGCGUGGCUGGGCUGGGCAGGGCUCCCGUUCUGGUCGCACUUGCUCUCAUUGAAUGUGGAAUGAAGUAUGAGGAUGCAGUUCAGUUUAUAAGGCAGAAAAGGAGGGGAGCUUUCAAUUCCAAACAGCUGCUUUAUCUGGAGAAAUACCGGCCCAAGAUGAGAUUACGCUUCAAAGAUGCCAACGGUCACUGCUGUGUUCAAUAAAAAACCACAAAAACCAAAAUAUUGAUCUCAAAAGGAAGGCAGAAGUGAGCGGGGGGCUCUUCUCUGGACUCUUGGCACCUGGAAAUGUGAAUCUGGAAUCAAAAAAAAAAAGAAAAAAAUGUCAUUAAAUUAGUGGUGGAGUCAGUGCUCCUCAACCUCUGUCCUAAAAAAAAAAGGGUGAUGAUGAUUGAGAGGAAAAAAACCCCAAAAUUAGAAAAAUAUAUAAUAAUAAUAAUAAAAAAAGCCAAUUAAGAGAAACAUUUCAGUGAAGGAUUGUUUUCUCCUUAAGCUGCAAACCUGCAAGGAGAAAAGCAGUUUCUGAACCUUCUGUAUUUUUAACUUUUUAAGAAAAGAAAUAAAGUCAACUUUAUGUCUAAGGAAAA